AAGAAAGAGGGUGGAGUGAGGGGCGCUGAGGAGAGACUUAGAAGCGCUGCUUACACACCCUUGUCCCCAAACCUGCGCAGGAAAGAUGUCCUUCGAGGGAGCCCGCCUCAGCAUGCGCAACAGGAGGAACGGCGCGCUGGGCAGCACGCGGACGCUGUACUCCAGCGUGUCUCGGAGCACCGACGUGUCCUACAGCGACAGCGACUUGGUGAAUUUUAUUCAAGCAAAUUUUAAGAAACGAGAAUGUGUCUUCUUUACCAAAGAUUCCAAGGCCACGGAAAACCUGUGCAAGUGUGGCUACGCCCAGAGCCAGCACAUGGAAGGCACCCAGGUCAACGACACCGAGAAGUGGAAUUACAAAAAGCACACCAAGGAGCUCCCCACCGACGCCUUCGGGGAUAUUCAGUUCGAGACGCUGGGGAAGAAAGGGAAGUACAUCCGUCUGUCCUGCGACACGGACGCGGAAAUCCUCUACGAGCUGCUGACCCAGCACUGGCACCUGAAAACUCCCAACCUGGUCAUUUCUGUGACCGGUGGGGCCAAAAACUUCGCCCUGAAGCCGCGCAUGCGCAAGAUCUUCAGCCGGCUGAUUUACAUCGCGCAGUCCAAAGGCGCCUGGAUUCUCACAGGAGGCACCCAUUAUGGCCUGAUGAAGUACAUCGGGGAGGUGGUGAGGGACAACACCAUCAGCAGGAACUCCGAAGAGAACAUCGUGGCCAUUGGCAUAGCGGCUUGGGGCAUGGUCUCCAACCGGGACACCCUCGUCAGGAGCUGUGAAGCUGAGGGAUAUUUUUCAGCUCAAUACAUUAUGGAUGACUUUACGAGGGACCCUCUGUAUAUCCUGGACAACAAUCACACUCACUUGCUGCUUGUGGACAAUGGGUGUCACGGACACCCCACCAUUGAAGCCAAGCUCCGCAAUCAGCUGGAGAAGUACAUCUCUGAGCGCACGAGUCCAGAUUCCAACUAUGGUGGUAAAAUCCCCAUUGUGUGUUUUGCCCAAGGAGGUGGAAGAGAAACUUUGAAAGCUAUCAACACCGCUGUCAAAAGUAAGAUUCCUUGUGUGGUGGUGGAAGGCUCGGGGCAGAUUGCAGACGUGAUUGCCAGCCUGGUGGAGCUGGAGGACGCCUUGACAUCUUCUAUGGUCAAGGAGAAGCUGGUACGCUUUCUACCCCGCACAGUGUCCCGGCUGCCUGAGGAGGAGAUCGAAAGCUGGAUCAAAGGGCUCAAAGAAAUCCUUGAAAGUUCACACCUACUAACAGUUAUUAAGAUGGAGGAAGCCGGGGAUGAAAUCGUGAGCAAUGCCAUUUCCUUCGCUCUGUACAAAGCCUUCAGCACCAAUGAGCAAGACAAGGACAACUGGAACGGGCAGCUGAAGCUCCUGCUGGAGUGGAACCAGCUGGACCUCGCCAGCGAUGAGAUCUUCACCAACGACCGGCGCUGGGAGUCUGCAGACCUUCAAGAAGUCAUGUUCACGGCUCUCAUAAAGGACAGACCCAAGUUUGUUCGCCUCUUCCUGGAGAAUGGCUUGAACCUGCAGAAGUUUCUCACAGACGACGUCCUCUCUGAGCUCUUCUCCAACCACUUCAGCACCCUCGUGUAUCGGAACUUGCAGAUCGCCAAGAAUUCCUAUAACGAUGCCCUUCUCACGUUCGUCUGGAAGCUGGUUGCAAACUUCCGAAGAAGUUUCUGGAAGGAAGAGAGAAGUAGCAGGGACGACCUGGAUGUGGAAAUCCAUGACGCGUCUUCCAUCACCCGGCACCCGCUGCAGGCGCUCUUCAUCUGGGCCAUACUUCAGAACAAGAAGGAGCUCUCGAAAGUCAUUUGGGAGCAGACCAGGGGCUGUACUCUGGCCGCGCUGGGAGCUAGCAAGCUUCUGAAGACUCUGGCCAAAGUGAAGAACGACAUCAAUGCUGCAGGCGAGUCCGACGAACUGGCCAACGAGUAUGAGACUCGUGCAGUUGAGCUGUUCACAGAGUGCUACAGCAGUGAUGAAGACUUGGCAGAACAGCUGCUUGUCUACUCCUGUGAAGCCUGGGGUGGGAGCAACUGCUUGGAGCUGGCAGUGGAGGCCACAGACCAACACUUCAUUGCCCAGCCUGGGGUCCAGAAUUUUCUUUCCAAGCAAUGGUAUGGAGAGAUUUCCCGGGACACCAAGAACUGGAAAAUUAUCCUGUGUCUGUUUAUCAUCCCCCUAGUGGGCUGUGGCUUUGUAUCAUUUAGGAAGAAGCCUAUUGACAAGCACAAGAAGCUGCUUUGGUACUAUGUGGCCUUCUUCACCUCCCCCUUCGUGGUCUUCUCCUGGAACGUGGUCUUCUACAUCGCCUUCCUCCUGCUGUUUGCCUAUGUGCUGCUCAUGGACUUCCACUCGGUCCCACACACCCCGGAGCUGGUCCUCUAUGCGCUGGUCUUCGUCCUGUUCUGUGAUGAAGUAAGACAGUGGUACAUGAACGGGGUGAACUACUUCACCGACCUGUGGAACGUGAUGGACACGCUGGGGCUCUUUUACUUCAUAGCGGGAAUUGUGUUUCGGCUCCACUCUUCCAACAAAAGUUCUUUGUAUUGUGGGCGAGUCAUUUUCUGCCUGGAUUACAUCAUAUUCACUCUAAGGCUGAUCCACAUUUUCACUGUAAGCAGAAAUUUAGGACCCAAGAUUAUAAUGUUGCAGAGGAUGCUGAUCGACGUGUUCUUCUUCCUGUUCCUCUUCGCGGUGUGGAUGGUGGCCUUUGGGGUGGCCAGGCAAGGGAUCCUGAGACAGAACGAGCAGCGCUGGAGGUGGAUCUUCCGCUCCGUCAUCUACGAGCCCUACCUGGCCAUGUUCGGCCAGGUGCCCAGUGAUGUGGACGGUACCACGUACAACUUUGCUCACUGCACCUUCACGGGCAACGAGUCGAAGCCCUUGUGCGUGGAGCUGGACGAGCACAACCUGCCACGGUUCCCGGAGUGGGUGACCAUCCCACUGGUGUGCAUCUAUAUGCUCUCCACCAACAUCCUUCUGGUCAACCUGCUGGUCGCCAUGUUUGGCUACACAGUGGGGACUGUCCAGGAGAACAAUGACCAGGUCUGGAAGUUCCAGAGGUACUUCCUGGUGCAGGAGUACUGCAGCCGCCUCAACAUCCCGUUCCCCUUUGUGGUCUUCGCUUACUUCUACAUGGUGGUGAAGAAGUUCUUCAAAUGUUGCUGCAAGGAGAAAAACACAGAACCUUCUGUCUGCUGUUUCCGAAAUGAGGACAAUGAGACUUUGGCGUGGGAAGGUGUCAUGAAGGAAAAUUACCUUGUCAAGAUCAACACGAAAUCCAACGACCACUCAGAAGAAAUGAGGCAUCGGUUUAGACAACUGGAUACCAAGCUUAAUGAUCUGAAGUGUCUCCUGAAGGAGAUUGCUGCUAAAAUCAAAUAAAAUGACAUGAACUGUCAUGAAAAGAAAAUCUAAUUAUAGCAAGGUGAUGUCAGCUGUCUGAAUCAAAACGUUUAAGCAAGGCUGAAGAACAAUUUUGCUAUCGACCACUGAAGGAGAAUUUUUCAGCUUCCUGGGUGCACUGUGGAUGGCUUUUGGUUUCCCUCAGUGCGCCCACAUCUGAGAACAAAGUGUGUGACUGAUUUCACACUUGCAAGGGUUAGAAAGGAAGAGCAUUCCCACCACUUGCUUCCGUGGAGGAGGCACCUGUGACCAUCUGUGGCUGGUGCUCCGUUCUGGUGUUGGAGUGUUUAAGUCUUUCUCUCAUCCUCCUUCUCCCUUAGUUAUCUUAUUUUAACAUGUGCAUCAACAGAGCAUUUUAUUUUUACAAAAAAGACCCUAGUCUUGCUUUUACUCUGGCAUUAUUUUGCUCAUUCCUAGUUGAUUCUCUAUUUUUUCCUUUUGUGUUAUAUGGCUAUAAUACAUUGAUAUAUGUGAAAAAAACUUCCAAAUCAGGUCAGAUUUUAGAACAUGCUAGGGCGCAGGGAACCUGCUCUUUUGGAGAGGCCAUUUCCUUUCUCAUCUUGCUUCUCACCUAUAGAGGGAGAGUCUUGGGCAGUGACUUCCCCUGUGGGUCUCCCCAGGAGGGCUAUGGAAGGGACCACCCUGCUCCAACAAUGUGGAAGUCACCAAGACAGAACCUUGAGAGGCACCUGAUGGUUUUUUUUUUCUUAUUAUUUUUCCCAUUAAAAAGAACACAUAGAUAUUGUAGACAAUUAGGCUUCACAGAGAUGUAGAAAGGACAGAAACAGCCCUCCCUUCCUGAAGCAGUUGCUCCACACAUCUCUGGGUAUUUUCCAACUCUAGAUUUUCUAGUUUUAUUUCCCUUGAACAUUUUUACAUAGUAUCAUCG